AGCAGAAUAUAAGUAGAGUCAAAUCAGUAGAGUCCUCACUGAUAAGAUACUCCACAAUCUUUUAAGACUUAGUCUACACUCUGAAGUAACUUUAAAACAUCUGUAACCAUGAAGAUGCUUCUAGCAGGAAUUGUUCUGAUUCUAAUUGUGGAAACCAGUGCCCAGUGGUACAACUUUCCUCAUGAAGCUUUUCAAGGAGCUCGUGAUAUGUGGCGAGCAUACAGUGAUAUGAGGGAGGCCAACUGGAAAGACUCAGACAAAUACUUUCAUGCCAGAGGAAACAGUGAUGCUGCCAGCAGAGGAGAAGGGGGAAGAUGGGCAGCUGAGGUUAUCAGUAAUGCCAGAGAGUGGGUGCAGGAAAGAACUGGUCAUGGUGCUGAGGACUCUGCUGCUGAUCAGAAGGCAAACGAGCAUGGGCGCAGCGGAGGAGAUCCCAACGAUUACAGGCCACCGGGACUUCCUGGAAAAUAUUAG